UAAAAGUCUAUAGCCUAGUUUUGCACAACACGCAUGGCCAUCAAGCGGCAGAGUUCGUCGGAAAUGUCUAGGUCGCCGCCACCACCGCCUCCUAGCAUGUCGCUACCCUCGUUGCCUUUGCCGCUCUUCUCUCUCGUACUGGAGUUUGCCCUGUUCAGCUACACGCCGAAACUGGGGCCUAUGCGCCGCGAAUUUCCCGGAGAAUACCUAUACGAAGUGGCGCUCGUCUCGAAAAGCUGGUAUCAAGCUGUCGACGAACUGGCGGCGCGUUAUCGGCGUGACACGAUGCAGUUGACAUUGAAGUUUGGCUCGAGAGCUGAAGUUAUGGAAAUCCGACGACAAGUUCAACUUCGAGGACGCUCAGUGCGAGAUCUCCGCAUCCGAAUGGGGCGUUCGGACGGCACGCGGUUCGCCACUGGGGUUUGGUGGUGGAUGGAGGACCGCGAGAUCCCGUGGGAUAUUAUUUUCUCACAAAUGCCCGGGCUUAAAAGACUCGAUUUGAGGCUCAUGCCACUGGAGAGUCGGCAUUUGCCUAUUUUACUAAAGACAGCAGCGAAAUUCUGUCUGCAACUGGAGUAUUUGGUGCUCCCAAGGAAACAGGAUAUGGAUGAAAGAGUCAAUAGUGCCGUUAUUGGGAAAAUGACGAAGGUGCUGAGAGGUGCAAUGGAGAGGUGGCAUUUGAAGGGAAAGUGUGGCGGAUUAAAGCAACUGACGGUGCCCACGAGGGAAGAAGAGGACAAGGUUCGGACCAGUACAAGAUUUAUUGAAGACGUAAUUGCAUUUUGUCCGAAUGUGAAGUUUUUGGAUGGAUAUAGCCAUGCUUUGGACGAGAUGAACGAUGUCACGUGUGAGGAGAAGUGGAUGAUUUCGGUCGAGACAUGGGAAAAGUUCAAUAAGACUUGCACUAAGUUGCGCGAAUUUCACUGGGUCGUUGUACCUUUUGCAGAUCCGUUCUUCAGAGUAUUUGGAGAUCACGUUAAGCCAAAUUUGAAGAAGUUGACGCUGACGUCGAAUUUAUCGUGGGACCGUGAGGAGUAUUUUACACGAGAUGCAUCGUUGGGCUUGCCCACUGAGAAGCCUGGAUACGGAUUGCUAGCAAGCGAUGUGGUUGCAGUAUUUAAAGGCUGUCCCGGUUUGAUUGAGCUAGACAUUGCGAUCGACCAGGAGAAAAACGAAGAGGCCCUUGCGACUCUACUCGACGCUGACAUCUUUGGAGACAAGUUUUGGGAGGCCGUUGUUGAGUCUUGCCCGCUCUUGCAGUCUGUGUAUGUGCACGACUGCUCUGCUUUUGGAGGAAGUCGUACUGUCAGACCGAUUCAAACAUUUACGGACCGUAGCCUACUCGCACUUGCGGAUCACUCGCGCUUGGCUUCGAUUGAAUUAUCUGCCGUUUGUUGCUCAGGAGAUGGCGUAUUCGAGUUUCUGCAACGCAUUUUCAAAAUGAAGCACUACGCUGGAGGGAAUCGCACGCUUGACCUGAGCCUCGCAGGACCAAUUGACCACGACACUGCGCUUCCACAUCCGUUCUACUUUGAGCUUAUUACACUACUGAACCGACUCGCCGAGACAAGCGAGGAAGAACUGGGCGCCAUCUCGUGCAGCUUCAAGGCAUCUCUGAAUAUUUUCAAUCCGCACAACUCAUCGGUUGCCAAGGAUUGGAGCACUUCCUACUUACGUGACGAACUGAAACCUAUGCUUGACAAGGUGGCUAGCGCACAUCCAUUUCUCGAUAUGCAUAUCAUUCUUUGCAGAGACAACGAGGAAAGCUUUCGUCUUAUUGAACACCUUGAGCUCGACUGGUGUCCUGGCUCUCAGCAGGGAGACAUUUUCGCCGAGGACGAAUACCUUGGGGACUCUGACAAUGACGGUGGCAGUGAUGAAGAGGUCAUUUUUGACGAAGAAGAUGGCCAUCUUGACCCCCGUGGGAUCUUCUUUAGACGACAUGCCAUGUUCAUGGACGACGAUUAUGAAGUUGUUCUAGCCGAUGAAGUCGAUGGGGAUGAUGGAGCUUGAGGUGGCUCGAGAGGCGUUUAUUAACAUGUACUGAAUUAAGACCUUUUUCUCGGUCAAAACACACUAUGACACUAAACUGUCAUUUCACGAUA